UAUUUUCAAUCUCCCACAGAGCUUGGAAUGGAGAACAGAUUACCUACAAAAAUACCUACAGCAUUUACAGGAAGAAAAGAAAAAUAAUACAAAACGUUUUUCUAAAAGUGCAUAAAUCCGAGUUGUUAUUGUUAUCACAGUGCAAAGUGGUUUGUUUUCUAUCAAACAAGUACGAGAUUAGUAUUCUACGUUAUUCAAUAAACAGGGACUCGCAUUUGGGACCUUUUAUGAAUUGUGAUCAAUUUUACAGUGUAUUCCGUCAUCCCUAUUCCAUCACAAAUCUAGCAAGCGUACAAAACAAUACGAGUAACAAAAUGUCUGCGGAAUCAGAUAUGGAAUAUUCAGACAACGACGGAGACGACUAUGAUUACUAUGGAGAACAAGAUGACUGUGACAUGGAGGCUGUGGACCGAACUAAAUCGGACCCUGAGUAUUUCUUAUACACUUGUUUAAGAGUUGAGGAAGUGGAGAAAUUGUUAAACGAGUCUAUAGAGUUGCUCAGUAAUAGCCUUCAAAUCACGCCUUCACUGGCCAAGGUAACGCUCCAUGCAUACGAGUGGAAUGCUCAAGAGAUUAUAAAUAAGUAUAAGGAGAAUGCAAAUGAGGUUUUGGUGUAUAGUCGUGUCAAGUCGCGUUCGCCAGUUCUGCAGGCGAGCACGAGUCGCUCCAGUUGCGCUGUGUGUGCCAACACACCUCCUAUGCACAAAUACAGUGCCCUGGCUUGUGGGCAUUACUUUUGCAAUGACUGCUGGGCUAUGCACUUUGAAGUACAAAUUAUGCAAGGAGUUUCAAAUACUAUUACUUGUAUGGCCCAAGAUUGUGAACUUCGAGCUCCGGAAGACUUUGUGUUGUCUCAUGUUACCAAACCAAAUUUGAGGGAAAGAUACCAGCAGUUUAUGUUUAAGGAUCAUGUGAAAUCACACCCAGAACUUAGAUUUUGCCCAGGCCCUAAUUGUCAGUGGAUAUUUCGUGCAUGGACUCGCGAAGGCGCCCGCCGUGUGGAAUGUCAGGGGUGUGAGUUAUUAACAUGCUUUUCAUGUGGAGCUCCCCAUCAUGCACCAACCGACUGCCCCACUAUCCGCCGCUGGUUAACAAAAUGCGCUGAUGAUUCUGAAACUGCCAACUACAUUAGUGCACAUACUAAGGAUUGUCCUAAGUGUCAGAUUUGUAUAGAAAAAAAUGGGGGCUGCAAUCAUAUGCAGUGUGGCGCAUGUAGACACGAUUUCUGUUGGGUCUGUUUGGGAGACUGGAAAUCGCAUGGGUCUGAGUAUUAUGAAUGUAGUCGUUAUAAAGAGGACCCCAACAUGUCUUCUGAUAGCCAACAUGCUCAAGCUAGAGAAGCUUUAAAGAAGUAUUUGCAUUACUAUGAAAGAUGGGAAAAUCAUGCUCGAUCUCUUAAAUUGGAAGAACAAACUUUAGCUAGUUUGAAAAGUCGCAUCAAUCAAAAGGUAAUGGCUGGAGAAGGUACUUGGAUUGAUUGGCAAUACCUUUGGGAUUCUGCGAAGUUAUUAAAGCGCUGUCGAUACACUUUGCAAUAUACAUAUCCAUUCGCUUAUUACAUGGAUAACGGGCCGCGCAAAGAAUUAUUUGAAUAUCAGCAAGCACAAUUGGAGGCUGAAAUUGAAAACUUAUCUUGGAAAGUAGAAAGGGCAGAAACGACUGAUAGAGGUGACCUAGAGAACCAAAUGGACAUUGCCGAAAAAAGACGUACCACAUUAUUAAAAGAUUUCUUGGAAUUCCAUACCACUACCGCAUCUAGCAGCAAAGUAUAAAUAUCUUCAAGAUUUGUCAUAAAUAAAUAUAACUAUAUUGCGACAAACAUUUGUAUAAUAUUUGUGAAAGCUAGAAUCUUUUUGUUCUGCCAAAGUAUAUUUAUUAACAUGACUUUGCAAUAAAAAUAGGAAUAUUA